GACCCUCCUCCUUGACAACGUGCAAAGAUGUAAAUGAUGAUUGGUGAGGAUCAAACUUGUAGUGCUGCCAGUGUCCGGAUCAAAACAUGGUCUUGCAUGAUGGGAAGUGAAGCCAUAUUUGUUGAUUUGAUUCUCGCACUCUGAUUGGCUGAGCCGGACCAUGUGACCACGCUGUGGCAGGCAGUAAAGACGCAGUUGGUGGUUGUUGCAGACUUUCACUUGGUUUUCAUAAAAUGCCACAGAAGAAGAAACGAAAACUUUCCGUGGACCAAAUAUAAAGUCUGUUUUCUGCAGGUGGAGGUGUCUCUGUGUUGAGCUAUGGGCAAUACUAGUGACCGUGUAGCUGCAGAUCGCCAUGGACCAAAAGCCCAUCGGGCCGAUGGUGGUGCCCAUAAAGACCAUGAACCCAGCAAGAUGGUGGACAGCACGGAUGAUCCGAACAUUUUUAACACACAUGGCCCUGAAGUAAAGGCUCCAGCAGAGAAGGAUUUGCCUCCAGAUUUAAAUGACUUUGUGAAGACGGGCCCACAGGACCGUCCAACUGUGAUCCGCUGGGCAGGAGGGGGGAAAGACGUCUACAUCUCUGGCUCCUUCGAUAACUGGAGCACCAAAAUCCCACUUAAUAAAAGCCAUAAUGACUUUGUUGCGAUUCUGGACUUGCCUGAAGGAGAGCAUCAGUACAAGUUCUUUGUUGAUGGCCAGUGGCUUCAUGACCCUUCGAAGCCGGUUGUGACCAGUCAGAUGGGAACCAUCAACAAUCUGAUUGAGGUGAAGAAAUCUGACUUUGAGGUGUUUGAUGCGCUGCAGGUGGACUCGCUCGAGUGCUCCGACACUUCUGAUCUGUCCAGCUCUCCUCCUGGUCCUUACGGACAGGAAGUCUACAUGUUCCGACCAGAGGAGCGCUUCAAAGCCCCGCCCAUUCUUCCUCCUCACCUCCUCCAAGUCAUCCUCAAUAAAGACACAAACGUUUCAUGUGAUCCUGCUCUGCUGCCUGAACCUAACCACGUCAUGCUCAACCAUCUUUAUGCACUCUCAAUAAAGGAUGGUGUGAUGGUCCUCAGUGCGACUCAUAGGUAUAAGAAGAAAUACGUCACCUCUCUGCUGUAUAAGCCCAUCUGAAAUCUGAUGUCUCUCUGUUGUACUCCUGCUCCAGCUAGAUGAUAUCGUACUACACACCCAGCUUGUAGUGAUUCUGAUGGCCGCUGUCUCUCACGCUCACAGUAAUGGUGUGUGUGUAUAUGUAUGUGCACGCGUCCUCACCACUGUAUGAUCAGGACUACUGAACUGUACUUCGCACCUAGUGAUUGCAAUCAUGAGUUGUUGGGGUUUUUUUCUUUUUAACCCUCCCCAAGGCUAAAAUAGUUUUGGUGUUUUUAAAGAGCACUGAAGCGCAUUUGGCAUGUUUUAAAAUAGCAUCACAUUAAAGUGUUGAAUUAUGAAUGAGGUGUUAUUUUAGAGUUUCCAGUGUUUUGUUUUAUUUAUUUAUCUGAUAAUCGCAUGGCUUUAUAAAGCAUCUGCUUGUAGGAUAUUAAAAAAAAAAAAGCUUUGAGGAUGUACUUGGAUUAAAUCGUAGGAUCAAGACUGAACAGGUUGAGGGAUUUUCUGCCUGGCCCAAGGCGGAGAUAUAGUUUAAAAAAUAAACUCAAGAUUUGAAUUGGCUCCCCCCCAGUGGUUUGCAUUAGUCAUGCUGUCAAAUCAAAAACAUUCAGUCACUGAUGCAAUAUGAACUUUAUUAAGGAUGCUUGGAAUGAUGGUGUAUGUGUGAGAGACCACAUGCAUGCUUGUUGCCUUUCACUGCAAUUGUGUACGCACUUUAAUCAUAUAUUCACUGUGACAGGUUCAGAUGGAACGCUUUUUUUCAGUUCCUAAGCUAUGCAGUUGACAAAUCUGGAAAAUCUUGUACUGUAGGAUCCAGAACACGCACAAUACGCUCUUCGAUACAAUAGCUGAGUAAAAUGUUAUGUAUUAGUGUGUAUUGUAUUGGUAAUUUUUGCCAUUGUAUGUAUUAUGAUGUUGGUUUAUUGCAUUUGUAGCAAGAUGAUCCGGAUGUGUUAGUGGCUGUUGAGGCUGAAGGCUUUAAUGUAAAAGCCAUGUGGCUUUCGGUAGAGGUCACGGUUUUGGUUUUUUGCAGGUUUUUAUAUGAAGUUUGAUGUGUAUUGAGAUAUUCAUAGUGUUUUAAAUUAGAUGAAGCUGUUUGAUGCUUAUUCCCUCCAAAGAUUGGAAUGUCGUGGAAUGCUGUAGUCUGUAUGGACAAAUGUAUUACAAAAUGAAAAGAAGGUUGAAGUUACAAUAGUUUGUGAGGUGUGCUGUUUUUGAAAUGGAAUAUAAACACUUGAAUUUAGCCUGGAUGUUUUGUUUGUAAAGUAGUGCAGCAUAUUGUUAAGCUAUGCUGUUUCUGGUAAAUAAAAAGCAAUACUGCAUGA